UGCGGCAUUGCUCCGCGAUAGUUUACCUUAUCUGUCAUAAGUGUCAAAUUCUGAAACUGGAUCGGAAGCGACCGUAAAAUCGCGGCCGAUCGUCGGAACGUGGAUAUUUCGUAAAAUUCGAGUGACGAAAUGGCGCAUUGGUUUCAUCGCAACGUCCUAAAAGCGACGACAAAUCAGAAAUUCGAGUUGAAAGUCGCGAAUCCCACGGACGCCAGUAGAAAGCUUUGCAGUGACUUAAAGCUGUCAAGGGCUAGACUUUUGGAUUUAAUUAGAAAUGCAAACAACACUAGUGAUACCAUUGAACCUGCAUUUCUCAGUUAUCUAAGUUUGCUGUAUGGAUUUUUAUGGGAAGUUAAACCAUCUGAGGAAGAGGCGCAACAUGUUGGAAGACCCAACCCUAGCAAACUCAGAAGUAUUCUUGUAUUUAAAUGGACCCAUACAUUACUCGGUGGAGGCACAUUUUCCAGUGCUGAUUCUGUUUAUGAAGCAGCCAACAUGAGUGUCAAUAUAGGCCUCUGGUUCAUGAAACACGCAGCAAUGAUCGCAGCAAAAGACGACAUAACAAUGAAUGAGGCCAAAGAAGUGCACAGUAUGUUGAGACGAGCAGCUGGAAUAUUCACCUUUGUGCAGACUGAGUUUUUACCACAACUGGACAACCCACCUCCCUUGGGAAGCGAUUUAGACCCACGCGUGCUAAAUGCAUACGUUAAUCAAUGUACAGCGGAAGCGCAAGAAGUGACAGUGGCCAGAGCGGUAGAGCUCAAACACAAUUCUAGCUUGAUAUCAGCUUUAGCUAAUGAGACCAGUAAAUUGUUCCUGGACGCUGCUAAUACUCUUCGUCCUUUCAAGCCAGAAAUAUCUGCCCAAUGGACAAAAUAUUUGGAGCUUAAAGCAGCAUUUUAUCAAUCUUAUGCUUAUAACUAUUGCGGUGAAAAUUUGUUAGCAAUGGAUAAGUGCGGCGAAGCGAUACGAGCGAUGCAAGAAAGCGAGUCAUGUUUGAAGAAAGCGAAAGCGCUAUGUCAAGAAUACGGGAAAACGAACGGGCCUGCGCCUCGCGUUAAACCCGAUCAGCAUGCUGUGUUUAAACGUCUAGCGCCAAUAGUGAAACUCACUCUCGAUAAAUGCAAUCGGGAGAACGGUUUAAUAUAUCAUCAUACAAUACCGGGAGAAGUUCCAGCUUUGGACACCAAAGCUACUUAUGGCUUAGUCAGUCCAAUUGACUUCCAAAUGCCGUCGCCGAACUCCAUUUGGAAUUUAGGCACGUACAAGGUACUAGCCGGAAUAGCGGCAGCGAAAAUGGAGAAAGAGCAGACUUUGCCGCCAGUCAAGGAAGAGGCGGUCCAUCAAAGCAGUAAGGAACCGAAAAACGCAAGCGGUUGUAUACUACAAUAAGGAUUUUUCCGCAUAUAAACCGGUUGUAAAUGCUUUUUUUCGUCACGGUGAUAUUAAUUUUAAUUAUUUGCGAUAGACAUGUGUGAGUGGUGUACAAAUUAGUUAACACAUAUAUUUAUUACAUACACAUAAGUGCAAAUUAUUUUAUGAAUCAUGAAGUAUUAUCAAAUUGUAAAGUAUUAUAAAAAAUUAGAAGUGAACAUGAUUAUCUAUUAUGAUGCAUAUAUGUUUGGUCGAGUAUUAAAUAUUGCAUGACGAUAUGUGGAUAAAUGACGUUAUAAAAUAAACACAGAGAGAUAAUAAGAUACACAUUGACUUCAUUCUGCACAUGUCUAAAACUCUAAUAGACUAAUUUUGUCGUAUCAAUACGAAAUAACAUAUGCGUGGUUAUUCCAUAUGUGUGAUUUGCUAUUAUCGUUCUGGUGUAGACAAUGUCUAUCAUUACUAUCAUAUGUAUAUAUAUAUAUAUACAAGCAAUUUCUUGCUAAAAGCGAAGAAUCGUUAGAUUUUAUUUUAAUCGCAAUGUGACCUAGUCAAUGCUUUAAUAAGACUAAAUUUUUAAUAAGUACAAUGAUGAGGAAAGAUUUUUGCAAUUAAUAUGCAUGUAAUGCAUAUUAUCAAUGCAUAUUAUAUAAUAUUAUGCAUGUAUUAAAACAGAGAUAUGCGUGAUCCUUUUCUACAUAUUUUUUAUAAGCUAUAGGUUUAAAAAUAUAGCAGAAUGUUCAACAAAAACACACACACACACACGCGCGCGCGCGCGCGCGCAAAAUUCCUAUUAUAAAGACAUUAUAUAUACAAAAGUGUAUUUCAAAAACAUGUUAAACUAAUGCAAAGCAUUAUCUUUGUUAGUAAUUAUUAUUUGUGAUAUUCAAAGCAAUUUUACAAAAUUAAGAUAUUAUCUAUUAAAAUUGAAAAUUUGCAGGUUGUACCUGAUAUUAACUUUGAAAAAUUACUUAUUUAUAUAUGAUACAUUUUGUUAAUUGUUAUGUGUAACUUAUACAAGUAAAUUUUCUGUGCAAUAUAUUAUUAAGACCUAUGUAGCAAUAC